UGUCCUGUUCUAUAACUUGUCAUGUUUAAAUAAUGUGUGUUUUCUGUUUUAAAGAACUCAAAAGAUGGUGUAAAUCAUUCACAAAACCUGAAAUUUGUCUUUCAUUGUUAGAAGCUGUAUUCUUGAUUAUAUUAGUCACAAGCCUGACCUUUUUAGUACAGCACUUCUUAGCAUGUGCGAGUAGGAAUGUAAACGAACAUGUGAAUACAUCCACCACUUUUAGACAUGAGACAACUGUACCAGCCAUAAUCCCGGACCAAACAAAGUAUUACAAGCAAACAACACAUAAGACAUUUCCACCGGGUAUUGAGUGCACUUGGAAACCCUCAAAAAAGACUAGACCUACAAUGCGUUUCUUUGAAUAUAAUCAAACUGAGAGUUCAUUUUAUGAAUUAGGAAUAAUUCAAUCUGGUAAACUUAACAUUUCUCAGGCUAAAUCCACACCUGAUACAAUAUCAGAUAUUUUAGGAAAGGACAAAAAAUUUGAUGGAGAAUAUGCAGAAGAUUCUUUUAAUAAUCAUGUCUUGGCUUUAGUAAAAUUUAAACCUCCGAAAGACAUAAUUUUUGGCUGCAUACUCACUAUAAUCUCAGAAUUUUGGACAAUAACUGCUGCCAGUUGUAUAGAUGCAAUUGAAGAACUGGAUUCCCUGGACUCUUUUGUGAUGUUGGAAGACUAUGGGCUGGAGAAGAAAGGUCAGAUACAUACUCUGUCAGAUGUGCAAGUACACCCGUUUUACCAGAAUGGGAACAAGAGUUAUGACCUAAGUGUUCUAAAGAGCGAGGAUAGCUUAACAUCUGGUUCAAGGUUUCCAGUGGAAUUACCGAAUAUUAUUGAUUAUUUUCUGAUUACUGUAGGUGAAAGUUUCACUAUGCUUGGAUUUGGUCCAUUAAGGACAAUUGAUAAAAGUCUAUCAGGUCACAGACUGCACAAAGCAUAUGUGUACAAUCUCUCAACCCGUCAGUGCCGCAGUACAGAUGACACAUGGUCACUCCGCCAUCUGCAGAGCGGCUCGGCCUUGUUGCAGGGUGGAUGUGGACGGUCAGCGCUGUGUGCAGGGGUCUUAUGGAGUAGAAAUGCACCCUGCAACUACUGUGCGGGGACACCGCUGCUGUCCGAAUCCUUGCUCCUUGGCGUCAUGAGCGACAAUCAGCAGUGUGGCGUCUCCUGCGACCCUCAGAUUUACGUCAAUAUAGCCAUGCUUAGGGAUUGGAUCGAUUUUAUUAUUGGAAAUAAAUGACAUGCGUCGUAUUCUUGUUUUGCAUGCUUCCCAAACUGCCAACGGGACACCGGUACCAACCAAUCUGAACUAGUUAUCAGCAAUGUUUAUAUUUAUAACGAGCAGUUUAUCACUAUUUUCAUGCAGUACCUAUUAAUGGUUUGUAAUUUCAAUCACCAAAAUAAAAAUCAUUACAAUAAUCUGCCGCUUCUUGUCUAGUAAGGUACCUAGUGUGUUGUUGUUUAGCUUUUUGUGUUAUUAAUGUUGGUUAACAUAAGUUGGAUAUAGAUAAAAAAAAAACAAAAAUAUACAGUCACAUAGCAAGAUAAACUAUUUUUAUAAAAUUAAAGUAAUCAUUUCUUAUUGGAUUUGCGUUGCCUCGUGUACUAAGCCAAAGUUGUAAAAUUAUAUGAGAAGAAUUAAAUGUUUAGCAAUUAUAAAAUUUGGUGAGCCACAAAAAAACAGCAUAGAAAUAAUUUGGCCAGCAUACAAAAAUUUUGUUUGCAAUUAAAAAAAUCAGGCAGCAAUCCUUGUUCCGAAAUAUUUUUGAUAAAGGUCAAAGAUUAAAUCAUAAAUAGGCAGCUUACAAUAACUUGAGCUUGAAUAAUAAAUAUUCAGUCCACAAAAUAACUAUUUGAUCAGCAAGAUUUCAUAAUUCAUCAGCAGAGAAAACAUGUCUAUAUGCAGUGGGUUUGAUUGGUAUACAUAUUUAAAACAUGGUGAGCAAAAUAACUACAUAAUGGGAUCGCGUUUUCGUUGAAAAAUCGACAAUGUAGGUACCGUUAAAAGUGCGCGGCGCGGAGUAGGAGCAGGCGCGUGACACGAGGAGCUAGUCGCGUGCGAGUAUUGUCAUUCGUGAUUCGAUGAUUAUGCGGCGAUUAAAUUGCAGUGGUAACGUGUUUUAAAGAGAUUUGUGCUGUUUUUGCUACUUAAUUGUUUUAUCUCAAUUAUAUUUUAUAAGAAUAAAAAAUAUUUUAUUAAUUUACAU